GACUAAGUGAGUGUGUGGCAGUUUUUUCCACCUUUUUCUUCAUGUAUAAAAAUAUUUAUUAAUUAGAAGUCCUUCUCAUUUUACGGCCUGCAUGCCUUGCUCCUUUGUCGAUUUGGAGGUGUCUUCGCUCUUUGUUAUAUACCAAGCGCACACACUCACAAAUAUCAAAUACACACACACUUAAAGAUCUUAAUUUCAAUUUCUCUGCUCCUUAUUUGCAUCAAAUAUAUGUACAAUGAUAUAAACACAGUCACAUACAUAUAUACACGUAUACCUUGAUAUAUAUCGAGAUCUUGUUUGUUGUUUCUGAUCGAUCAGUAGUCAUUAUUUUUUCUUUUAAAGUUACUCUCUCUUUUCCUGUUUGUGAUAAGAUGUCAAAGAUUAAGAUUUUUCAUUUAUUCCCUGAUGACAAAGAUAUUGAAGCAACGCAACAACCUGAGAGUCUCCUAGUUCCAUCAAAAUCCGACUCUCUUGAUUCAUCAUUAUCUCGACACCACCAAGAAAAUCAAUCUAACAGACAACGGAACCACCAACACCGACAACAAGAUCAAGAACUAGAAAAUCUACAAGAUGGAUCGAGAGGAAAACGAAAAUGGGAAUGUAAGGAUGAAGAGUCUCCUGUAAAGAUCCCAGAGACGCCGAGAAACUCGAACAGUGUGUGUUAUUGUCCUCCUCGACCGCCGAGAAAGCCAAAAGCUAUCCCGUCCAUGAAACGGAGAGGCAUGUGGGUAAAGAGAUCGGUGGUUUUUUUAGAUGUAGCUAGAGAGGUCGAAUCCAUGUUUCCUCCGUCUGUUCUUCAAGAUUUUGGUAAAAAGAUCAAGAAAGCGAGAUUUUAACCAAUAGUCUAUACAUAUAUCUCUAUCUAUCCAUAGGCUUGAUUUGUUGUUUUCCCACUUUUUUGUUUGCGUUUUUUAUAUAAGUUUAUACGCUAUAUUAGUGUGUUUAAUAUCAAAAAGGAAAACAAAAGUUUAGGGUUUGGUAUUGGUGUGAUAUUGAUGUGAAUUUAUAUAAAAUUCAAAGUUCAGAAAACAAAAGCAUGUUGUUUUUCUCAAACGAAUAUGAAAUUAAAUUCAGUUUUGUUUUUUUUAAAGAUUUCGGU